UUGGACCCUCAGGUAUACCUGGAGAACCUGGCACACCUGGUAGAGAUGGUUUACCUGGUCCGACCGGGUUGCCAGGUCUCCCUGGUCCUCCAGGUCCUCCUGGAAGAAUUGCAAGCUGGCCCAGCAAGGAAGGACCUCGAGGUCCUCAAGGUCCUAAAGAUGGUGCCCCUGGCCAGCCUGGCAGGGAUGGGGAAAGAGGUCUACCAGGCAGAGAUGGUAUCAAUGGGCUUCCUGGUACACUUGGGCCUGCAGGGCCACCUGGGCCACCGGGACCUCCAGGUCCACCAAGCACAGGCGGUUUGCCAGGACCUCAAGGGCCACAAGGACCGCAGGGCAUUCAAGGACUUAUUGGUCCACCUGGUGAGCGUGGUGUUCAGGGUGAUCGAGGAUUACCUGGCUUACCAGGAGAAAGAGGAGAAAGGGGAUUGGAUGGUGAACCUGGUGCCCCAGGAAAGGACGGUGAGCCAGGACGUCCAGGUCCACCCGGCCCUAAAGGAGACAGAGGUAUGCCAGGUAUGCCAGGCGAGGCUGGUCGCGAUGGAAAGCCAGGGAUUCCAGGACCCCGAGGUGAAGAUGGAUUACCUGGCAUUGCACCUGGUGAACGUGGACCUGUAGGUCCCAUGGGUCCCCCAGGUCCUGCUGAUAAAGGAGAUAUUGGACCAAGAGGAUUUAAAGGUGAAAUGGGCUUUCCAGGGCCCAAAGGUGAUCGUGGAACACCUGGCCUACCUGGCAGUGGUGGACCACAAGGCAGACCAGGUUUACCCGGACCUCAAGGUCUACCGGGCCUGCCUGGCCUUGGAAUUGUGGGCCCACCAGGUCCUCCCGGGUUGCCUGGACCACCCGGCCCACCGGGCCCACCGGGCCCACCAGGACCUAGUGUGGCUGGGGUAGACGCCAGAAUUGACAAUGCCAAUUUG